AAAGGAGCUUAUUUUGCUUCUGGGUGCAUAUGUUUUGUUGAAUGACAACUGUAAACGAUGUGCAAGGUAGGCGGAUCUCCGAGCAUGUAAGAAAUGCGGAGAACGACGAUAAUGAUGAGUGGCAGGAAAUCCGAGUCAAAGUGGUGCGAUCAGCUCGUAUGAUCGGAGAGAGACUUUAUGGAAUCCCACGUAUACGAACGCGAUGUGUCCUGCGCUCUUGGAGAACGAAGAACGAUGCCUGGGAGGCAUGACUUUCUUCGCGCAAAGCCACCCGGUGGAGGUAUGUGGCAGCAAUGGUCUGCCACUCACGCCGAAUUCUAUAACCAUCUACGGAAAGGCGCAGUUUUUGAAGACCAUUUAUCAUCCUCAUCUUUCUCCCUAUCUCGACAUAAUUAGAAGCAAGCAUGAGAGGAUAGUGGUCGUUAUGGAAUACAGUGGUGAUCCAUUGAGUAUCAAGCAUGAUCUGAAUACUGAAGAAAUCAUCAAGAUAUCCUUUCAAUGUCUCUUGGCACUGCGGCAUAUGAAUGAAUUGGAUCUGGUACAUAGACACUUGAGUCCAGAUAAUAUACUAAUCAAGAAGAACGGCGACGUUCAAUUAUAUAAUUAUGGAUUAUAUUAUAUGACGGAUGGAGGAAAGAAUGUCUCUUUCCCAAUCGGUUCUCCGAAAUAUACAGCACCAGAGGUAUUUUUGAAUCCUAGUCCGAGUGGUGUCAAAAUAGAUUCCUGGUCUCUGGGAAUGAUCAUAGCGGAACAAUUAUUAGGACAGCCCAUCUGGCCUGGUGUAAAAUUAUCUCAAUGUUUGAGGAAAGUUCUGAGCUUAAUAUUGUGUGAUACCAGCAUAUUCGAACGUCUUGCCAGGGAAAACAAUUGUUUUCAUAUUUAUGAAGAGUUACCAAGAAUGCUAAAAGAAUUCGUAGAUUCAUGUCUACAAAUUCAUCCUACCAAGCGUAAGACUCCAGAAGAAUUGCUGGAAUUGCCGAUAUUUGCAGAGUAUUUAAUGAGAAAUGCGCAGGAGAAGGAAGAAAAUCUCUAUAAAAAUGUUAUUGUUAGAAAAAUGGAUGAAUUAUAUUAUUUAUGGCAAUUAGCCGGUGGUGAUAUUACUGUGGAGCUAAAGAAACAGAGUCUCAUUAGAUCAAGACCACCCAUCUUAUCUAUUCCAAACUUAGUUAUACUAUUGGGUCAAAUGUUUGGCCAGAGGGAUACCGCUAGUCUACUUGAUGUAAGGGUCGUAAAAGUUCCUAUGGAAACUCUUCGCCAACGUUUAGCUCACAUCCCAUAUAUAGCAAACUAUCCUUGGUUAACAAAUCAAAUGCGGGUUCAAGCACACGAAGAUCUGACGAAUGCCGCAUCUCAAUUGCCAUUAAUCAUAAGGGAACGUGAUACAGAGUAUCAAUUUUAUAGGCUUGUUCUGUUCGAUAGACUUCUGCAGGUAUAUCCGCUAACUCAGGAGGCAAUUAUUGAGGAGGCGCACAAGGAUAUACCACCUCCGGUCAGAGGUGCUGUAUGGGCGGCUUUGCUCGGUAUCACUGGCGAUAUACAAAAGCGUUAUGACAUGAUUGAUAAGGAAACGCCUACUCAUACUGAUCGUCAGAUAGAGGUGGAUAUACCGAGAUGCCAUCAAUAUAGUGAGUUGCUGUCGUCUGGUGCUGGACAUGAACGAUUGCAAAGAUUGUUAAAAGCAUGGGUCAGGAAUAAUCCACAUUAUGUUUAUUGGCAAGGGCUCGAUUCGCUGACGGCACCGUUUCUUUAUUUAAAUUUUAACAACGAAGCUCGAGCAUUCGCAUGUCUGUCGACCUUCAUACCGAAAUAUCUCCACAAAUUCUUUUUAAAAGAUAACUCGGCGGUGAUACAGGAAUAUCUGGGCAAGUUUUCUCAAAUUAUUGCGUUUCAUGAUCCUCAAUUGGCGAAUCAUUUAAAAUCCAUAAACUUUGUACCGGAACUCUUUGCCAUACCAUGGUUUCUAACAAUGUUUUCGCAUGUAUUUCCGCUACAUAAGAUAUUGCAUCUAUGGGAUAAACUAUUGCUAGGAGACUCGUCGUUUCCUCUCUUGGUCGGGUUAGCAAUACUGAAGCAGCUACGAGAUUCCCUGUUAACGUCAGGUUUCAAUGAAUGCAUUCUUCUGUUCUCUGAUCUGCCUGAGAUUGAUAUAGAAUUAUGCGUUAAAGAUUCCAUGACAAUGUAUCAAAACACACCUGCUAGUAUUACAUACAGAAAAUACCAAUAUAAUGCAGCGAAGGAUGCAAACUGGAUCGAACCAGAAGAGGGAACCGAAAAGAUGCCAAGGAUAAGUGUAGAUGAUUUUUUAAAUCUUUACAAUAAUUCGUCGAGCAAAAUCAUAGUGGUUGACGUACGUAGUAACAUACAGUUCGAAAGAGGUGCUAUACCUGGCAGUAUCAACAUUCCAUUCACAAGUGUACAAUUGUCUCAAACUCACAUCGACACACUCGGGCCACACGCGAAACCAUUAAUAGAUAAUAAAAACAGCGUCGUUGUGAUUAUUGGACCGCACGAUCAAAAUAAUGCAUUGUUUGCAGAUUUUCUGAUAAAAUGCGGUGUCGUAGGAGUCUGUUGUCUGCAAGGCGGCAUUAAUGCAUUACGAUCCAAAUCUCCGAACAUCAUAGUACCUGCACGCUAAUUACAUAUAAUUAAAUUACUUUAUAUACUCAGAUUCGUUUAUCGGUACAGUACAACUGAUAUUACGACCUGUAAAACUUGUAUAAUGAUCUUGUAUAAUUUUGUUAUAAAAGAUUUCAUUGUA